AUGCAUGCCGAGCUGGAGGUGGCGCGUCUUCUUAUCAACUCCAUGUGCGGCCUCUCGCAGUGCAACAAUAGCCAGGAGUUUCUCUGGAAGCAGACCGGCCGGUACAGCCCGAAGAUCUGGAAGCAGACCGGCCGGUGUAUCCCGAAGGAUACGGCCAUGCAUGCCGAGCUGGAGGUGGCGCUUCUUUUUAUCAACUCCAUGUGCGGCCUCUCGCAGUGCAACAAUAGGGCCGGCGAGGGCCCGGCACCGGGCUGGGACGCGGUGAUGGAGGCGCUGCAGGCGCUCGAGGCGAGGCACACGGAGGCGCGCAAAGAGGUAGCCGCGCUGCGCGGCAGCCUCCCGCGGCCCCGCCAUUGCGGCAGCCUGAAGCUCCGCGCCGCUGGCGCCCGGGCCGAUGCCAGCAGCUGCUCGUGCCGUGAUGCCAGUGACCAGCUGCAGCACUCGGUGGAGUCGGAGUCAG